AUGAGGUUUCCGAUUUUGUUCAUCUGCGUAAUUCUUGCUACAUUUAUUCAAACUUUUGCAGAAGAUAAAAAUUCAAACUCGGUUGAACAACUGUUAUCAGAUGAACCAAUCAGUAGUAACAAUACAGAUGCAUCAGAUGGAAAACUGACUAUUGAAGAGCAAUACGAUGAGACUAAUUCGACUUCGACAAAUGGAACUGAUGUUCUUUCAACCAGAGGAUCAUCUAUUCCAACUAGUUCUCUUGGCCCAGAUGUCAAGACGACUACUCCAAAAUCUGGAAAACCCAAAGCACCCUCUUUCACGGUUUGGUCUUUUUUCAUUGGUAUCUUCGUUGCUUGUCUCAUCAUUGGCCUGGCUGCAUUCGCUCUGAAAUUCUUCUGUCAACGACGAACUCCAGGAAACAAUGUCCCAUACUCAGCCUAUCAAUAA